AUGGGCCAACAACUACACAGUACAGCGGAAGGAGAUCCUCCAAAGGCACGCCAAUCUCCCUCUGUUGAAUCCUCAGGACUUUCAGUUCCUAAAUCUUAUAGGGACACUGGAUUUAUGGAUUACUCCCCGACCAAUCCGACACAAGAAAACAUAUGCUGGUACAGGAGUUUUAUGGAAACGGCAGGACACUGGUUGAUUCUAAAUAGAAGAGACCCAAAUGUUGUUAUUAACACUGCAAUCAAAAUCAAUAUUGCCUACCAGUUGGUGUUUGCACUCAAGGCCAUCCAUGACAAAGGCAUCCUGCUGAAUGAUAACAAAUUUAACAAUGACCUUGUUGACACCAGUACGCAUGACUUCCAAAUAAGUAACAGUAAACUGUUUAAAUUCUACAAAACCGUACAAUGA